UCAUAGCCAUCAAUGUCUGUCAGACAACACAUCCUUUUCCGUUCACGUCUUGUGUCUAAAAGGUUGGCAUUAAUUGUGAUUCAAGUGUCUGAAGAAGAAGUGGCUAAUCUGUGAAAAUGCAUCUCUUAUUGCGCUCACAAUCGACUCAUACCUAUGAUGUCAAUCCAAAUGAACAGAUCUUUGACAUUAAGCUGUUCAUUGAAAGAGCAGAAAACAUUUCAAAUGAAGAUCAAGUUCUUUAUUGUUGUGGUCGACCUCUUGAAGAGGAUCAACUGAUUAGCUCAGCUAACCUUAAGGACGGCGACUCUAUUGAUGUCUGCAUUCGUCUCAGAGGUGGCAAAGUUCACGGUUCACUGGCCCGAGCGGGUAAAGUGAAGGGACAGACACCCAAAGUGGAGAAACAGGAGAAGAAAAAGAAGAAAACUGGAAGAGCUAAGCGACGAAUGCAAUACAACCGACGUUUCGUGAAUGUGGUCGCGACUUUUGGCCGAAGACGCGGUCCAAAUACUAACCAAACGUAAACGGAUGGACCAAAUCAUUGGAUGCAUUAUAGUCUUCAACAUUCAAUCUAUUUAAAGAUUAAUGAAUAUGUUGUUAAAAAAUGUAUUUCAAAAAUAAAAUAUAAAUAUUUGAAUUAAAAAUAA